CAGGUGUAAUUUCUGUACAAGUCUUUCGUAGAUGUUAGACAGUUCUACGAACACGCAAGGUGCUUGCAUUACACUUGGAAAAACUGUUAGGACACUUCAGCAGUUCUCAGUUUUGUGUCGAAAUUCAUGUUUAAACAUGCAUUUGUAAGAUAAAUAUUGACCUUAUCGCGCAAUGGAAUUAAGUAAGGACGGAUAAAUUAUAAUAAAUUGAAAAAAUGGGUGACGGAGCAGACAGCAAAGGCAUUUUCAAUUAUGAAACACUGGUACACGCGCUAUCCGGCGCUGCCGGUAGCGUCGUUGCCAUGGCAACGUUCUUUCCUUUAGAUACGGUGCGAAGCCGAUUACAACUGGAGGAAACCCGAGAAUCGAAAAAUACUCUUGCAACGAUCCGUGACCUCAUCGCAAAGGAAGGACCAUGCACCUUGUACAGAGGAAUAGUACCCGUUCUUCAAAGUCUGUGUGCCAGCAACUUUGUUUACUUCUACACAUUCCACGGUUUGAAGACGCUUAGGAAAAAACCAAAUCAAACAGCUAAAAAUGAUCUAUUGGUUGCAUCGAUCGCAGGCAUAAUUAAUGUCUUAACAACAACACCAUUAUGGGUUGUGAAUACUAGAUUGAAGAUGAGAGGCGUCGGUCACUCUCAGGAAAGAAAUAACAACGAGUACAAUACAUUAUACGGUGGCCUUGUGCAUAUAGGUAAAUACGAAGGUCUGGGAAAACUUUGGGCAGGUACUCUGCCAAGUUUGAUGCUGGUUAUAAAUCCAGCUAUCCAAUUUAUGACUUACGAGGCUAUUAAAAGGAAAGUUAUCGCAUCCCUGAAUGGCUCACAACCGCCAGCAUGGAUUUUCUUUGCUAUAGGUGCCGCAGCCAAGACGAUAGCCACUGCUCUAACGUAUCCAUUGCAGUUGGUUCAAACCAAACUGAGACAUGGCCAUAAGUACGCGAAUCUUCCACCGAAUGCUGGUGCCUUACAAAUUCUAUUUUAUAUAUUAAAGACACAAGGAGCAGCGGGACUAUACAAGGGAAUGGAAGCCAAGCUAUUGCAAACCGUUUUGACGGCGGCAUUAAUGUUUUUAGCGUACGAGAAGAUUGUACGAUUCGUUUUCCGUAUUCUUUUACAUAGACCGGUGUUAAGAUAAUAUCCAUAUUCUAAACAGUAUUAGUCUGCGUUGUUAAUAUUGUUCUUUUUAUAAAAUUCUGUAUAUGUAUAUAUAAAAACGUAUAAUUUGU